AUGGGGGACUUGAAUACAAUCCGAGAACAUGGGGAGAAAAUUGGUGGAAACCAAGUUCCACAAAGAAUUCUGGAUGAGUUUAAUAAUACAAUGCAUGGGAUUGGAAUAACUGAUCUUCCUAUGAUUAAUGGCAAAUUAACAUGGUGUAACAGACAAGAUGACACUCAUAGGAUUUAUUCAAAGUUAGAUAGGGGCCUGGAUAACUUGAGAUGGUUACAAACUUAUCCCAAUUCUAACAUUUACCUAACUGCUGCAUCCCUUUCAGACCAUUACGCAAUCGUUUCUCAAAUAGGUGUGGUUAUGGAAUCCAGUCCUAAACCUUUUAAGUUCUUAAAGGUAUGGCAAAUGCAGGAAGGCAUUGAAGAUAUUAUCACUAAGGCAUGGCAGAGUCAUAUAGGCGGCAAUCCUCUUUAUAGUUUUACCAUGAAAUUGAGGAAAGUUAAGAAGUUAAGGAAGGUAUGGAAUACUAAUAAAUUUGGGUCUAUACAUGCUCAAGUUUAUGCAGCUAGAACUCAGUUAGAGGAAAUUCAAAUGAAAAUGUUGCACCAACCUAUGGACUCCAAUGUGAUUGCAAAGGAAGCUAAAGCUAGGAGAGACUUAGAGUUGGCCUUAGCUAAUGAAGAGAUAUUAAUUGCUCAAAAGUCUAGAACCCGAUGGCUCAAAGAUAAUGACAAAUGUAUUGAAUUCUUCUAUAGGAGGAUGGUACAACAUAGGGCUAAUAAUGCAAUUACAAUGUUGCAUUAUGAUAGGGGAAAUCUGAUACAAAAUCAAGAUGACAUUAAAACAAGACUGGUGGACUAUUAUCAGGGAUUAUAUGCUUCUGAAAAUAGAAGAGAUGAGGAGCUCAAUGUUGAUAAUCCUCGAAGAAAAUUAACUUUGGCAAAAACAAUGUUAUUAGAAAGGUAA